UCAUUUUCCAACGGACCCUUGUGACACAUGUGUCAUACCCCUCUAAAUACUUAAAGCCCUGAAGAAAACAUCUGAUAUCUGUUGUUCCCCGUUUAAUAAUAUGUUUGAAACGUUUUAAAACCUAUUGUGCAAUUUUAGGAAGCUACAGCUUUCGACGGUCAUGAAUUAUUAAUUUCAAACUUCAAUCCAUUUCAUUUCAUUUUUAUUUCAAAUUCUAAUUUUUAUUCGAUCUCUUUGUUUGAUGUCAUAUAAAACCUAACUUUAUGUCUGAGUUGUAGUGAGGUCCAACUCUAUAUUAAUUCCUUUGCGUUUCGUUUACUUCUUAUAAGAACAUAUUACAUAGAACUUAUUCCCAUAAAUGGGGAAGAAACAGAAAUAACAAAAAAGGGUCUGGGUCCUAAAUCCGAAAAGGGCCUAACACAAUAAUGAAGGAAUAAGCAGCAAAUCCUCACUCAAUUUUGAAGCUGGAUACCUCAUUUGAUAGAUGCGAAUUUUACGGUACAUAUCUCUCAACUGACGACAUAACAUUCGGAGAAUAUGUUAAAGAUCAAAUAGAGAAAUUCAAAGUCUAUUUAUCACGUUUGCCAGUGAGAGAUUCGCGAAGGACAGUUUUGGUCUUUCCUCCAUUUACACCAAGAGGCAGGUUUUUGAUUCACAAUUGGUUAAGUGGCUCGCUACAAAGAUUUUCAACAGUUUCUAUAGGAGGUAGUAAUGAGAGACGAACUGCUGUUUACCAGAAUCAAGACUGCUCGAGAUGGGUACCCAGAGCAAGCAUUUCAUAUACAACUACAUUUUAUAAAGAUAGAACAAAGUGUUUUCUGAAGAGCUGCAUGGAUGAAGACAAGAAAACCAAACGAGUGACCCCAAGAAAACCAGACCAACAGCUUUACGUACCAAGACACAGAAAAACACCAACUACUCGUGGCUCUUCACCAAAAGUUUCUACUAAGAAAAGCAAAUCGCUGUCUUUUAACCAAGCACACAAUGAGGUUAAUGCACAAUAUGACGUAGCACAAAGUGAAAAUAAAGUAUGCUCGUUAACAAAGACUUGCGCUGCGAAGUGCCCUGCGAAUAGAGUGGAUCUUGAAUGUCAUAUGGUGGCGAAAAAUGACGCUAUCCUUGAAAAUAUAGACGAAGGAAGGAAUUCAACCGCUAAACUUGAAACCUGCGCUCCAGAUGCUGUUACUGUUUCUGAUUUUCCGGCUUCUACGUUUGGCGAUGAGAUUUCAGAGAAAGAAGAGCGCCAGAAAGACCCUUGUGUCAUAAAAAAUUCAAAUCAGUUGUUUGAGGGCCAGUGUAAUGUAGAUGCUAAUCACCACCCAUCACCUUCAUUCGGUUCCAAGGUGGAACCAAACAGCUCGAAGACAUUUGCUGUUAAUAGAUCUGAGGAUGAGGAAAAUUUCACUUGUAAAGAUCCAAACAAUUUCGGGACCACUUCCUUGAAUAAUUUCGGGACCACUUCGUGUAUUGACAAUGAAGUACUGGAAAAAGAUCAAGAUAAUGUCUCCUGUGAAUUGUUGGAAGAAAAUACUGCAGAAGAUGUUGCUUGCUUGAAAGACGGCUUCUCUGAACAGCUGUGUCGUGAUAUUCUGCGAAAUGUCUUGGAAAACCUCGGUCCACGUUUGAGUAAAUAUACUCAAGACGUUUCUGAAGAUAGAAACCCUUUGCCACCAUUAAUACCAGAUGACAAGUCCAUUGCUUUAAUCGAUAGUGCUAGAUCUGUACACAAAAAUGAUGUUUUUCCUAAAAUUGACAAUUGCAAAUCUGAAAGCGAUAGUGCCGUCCUAGUACACGAUGGUAAUGCAACUGUUCCUUCUGGAUCAACAAAAUCAACUGGAGCUUCUGGAAAUGGUGAUGAUGGCGAAUGUGUCCAGAAAGAUGUUAUUGAUAAGCACAAGGAUUCAAAGGUCUCUGGAGAUAGUUUUCAAAAAAGUAAAUCGGGUGCUCGUAAAAUGAAGGUAGCCAGGAAACCGAAUAAAGUCAAGCAGAAAAAGGUUGAGACAAAGACUGAGAGUCCUUCAAAAGUGGAGCGAGAAAAGCCAGAGACAGAGGAUCAAGUGAAGAAGACCGAUGACGACAUGGCAGGCAGUGAUGACGACUGGGAGUUGAAAUGGAGUGAAGAAGGUGACUGUUUAAAGGAAGACGCACUGGACGAGCUUAAAAAGCUAACUGGAAUCAGCGACCCAAUAGUCCUGGUGGCAGAAAAACCAGAGAUAGAUUACUACAGCUUUGAGCCUCAGACUGUACAGUUAGACGCAAACGACUACAGCCAUCUCGUGGAGAUAUAUGAUUUCUCACCCAGUUUGAAAACCGUAGAUAUUUCUUUGGCUCUUCAAACAGCUGGGCUUAAAGAUUUUGACAUUAAAUGGGUUGAUGACACGCAUGCUAUUGGGAUAUUCUCCAGCACAUUUCAAGCCCAGCAAGCCAUGCAAAUGAAUUUUAUUCAGAUGAAAGUCCGGCAAAUCGUUGAAGGAACGAAAGCCACAAAGCUGAAAGCCAGAUCCUUUAAAGAUAUGCUGCUUCCGUACAAACCAAGACCAGAAACGACCGCCACUGUUGCUAGAAAUUUAGUAACGUCGGCCCUGGGUGUCAAAAGCAAUACUUCGAAGGCACAACGAGAAAAGGAAAGACAAAAACUCAAGGAGGCCAAAGAUCGUAAAAAGAUGGAACAGAAGCAAAGAGCUGAUGCCUGGGGAGAUUAGCUUUACCGAAAGAUAAAAAAGGUUUGCUCAACAAAGUAGAACUGGUUCCGAUGAUUUCUUAUAUGGGUUUCUGUGGCUGUUUUAAUGACCCCUUCAAACUUUGGUACAUCGAUGUAAGAAGAACUAUGUUGGGAACUCUCUUCUAUCUAGACAUUCUGCAGUAGCUUGGCUAAACUUCUUAAUGUUUGCCCUAUACCAAAUGCAUAUUAAAGGUUACCUUAUCUUACUACUCUGCACUGUUACAUAAGCAUUCUUGCUUCUUAAAAACAGAGUUACGUAUUUCUUACAUUCAAAUGGUCUAAUCAAAUGGUCUGCUCAAAUGUUGGCUAAUUAACUAAAAGCAUGAAUAAAACAGGUUGAGAAAUUCAAAACCCAAGGAAUUUCUACAAAGAAAUUGGGUUACAUUUCACGUUAAUGUCCCGUCCUGUGGCUUGUGAAGUGACUCAGUUAAGCUGGUGGAUCAUCUUUCUGGCGAGGUGGUACCUUGGUGGAGUGGUUAGAUUCAUGCUUCCUGGGCGGAAGAUCGUCGAGCAAAAUCCAAGGUCUUUUCGCCAGUCAAGAAGACUGCCUUUUUGCCUUUGGGAUAUGUCAGUUCUUCCAAUUGGGUUUUAUUAAAAUGAUACACGUUAGUUACAUAUUGAUUCAAAUUAAAAUUUCGAAAUCUAAUCAAUAUGAUUUUAUAGAAUUAUGUUAUCUCUUUUAACUUGAAGAGGAAAGGUUCUAGUAACAACUAAAUAACAUGAUUUAGACAACAAAAUGUAAAGUUUAAGCAACUGUGUGAACAUAUUGGAAACCUACUGCAAAAUUUUUUGAAAGUAUUAGCUGUAUAAAAAAACUUUGCUUUGUUGUAUCAUUGGGAUUUUUGUACCUAAGUGUCCUAGCGUGUUUCUUAAAGAUCGCGCUCUGAGUGAUGCGGAGACUCUUGAAAUUCACUCCCCAAAAUAUUUCUAUCUUCUAGUCUCAUAUAUUUCCUGAUCUCUGACAGAUUUUUAACCUUGCCAAUGCUGGAUAUUGGCAACCUUUAACGCUAGUAUCUUUCACAGUGAAGUGCAGAGGCUUUAGUUUCACGUUCCUUUCAAGUGGAAACAUCUUUGCAACAGACCUUAUAAGUUAUUCUACAAAAGCAUUCUGGAGGAAUGGAUUUUUCAUCCAGGUUUUUUAGAUUUUUUUAUGCUUGAAUUGACACCAAGUUUUCAAUGAAUCGUGGACUAAAAACUAUGCGUCAGUUUCUUUGAAGAUCUUAACAUUGGUUGUAAAAUAAGUACAAAACGUUUUCAGCUUCGCUUUCCAUCGUUUUAAUUUCAGGUUUAAGAUAUUCAUGUCCUUAGUUGUCGUCCUAAGGUUUGCGAUUGGGUUUUUUAAUUUUUUUCCAGUAUUUACCUUUUUCUCAGAGCCCAACACUAUCUGAUUAAGUAUCUGCAAAUAUGCUUAAAUUAAUAUCAUCCGUUUGGAUCAAUGCCAAACCGUUAUUGUAUUGAAACAGUUAUAAAAUUUAGACAGUGAAAAUGCGCACUCUGUGUAACAAGUGGAUCACUUUUAAUCCUUUAUUUAUUGUAAAGGCGUUGAAUUAUAAACGAAGAUCAUCAAUCUUUACAUUUUUUUAUAAAGAAUAUUUCUAUUUUAUGAAA